AUGGCAACGCAGGCGUCAGCGCCUAGCGCGACGACAACCAGUGCGGUUAAGGUGAUAUCGAAGACAUGGGCACGGGACUCGCACGACCUCUUCGACUUUGAGGCGCAUCAGCUGCAUACUCAGACAUUUUCCGUGCCCAAGUCCACGGUGUGCAUGCGCAAUGGCACGGAGGUGCAGAUGGUCGGAGAGCGGGACGUCCCCCCGAUGGGAGGAGAUCCUCUCCUGCGCCUCGUGCAGCGAGAUGGGACCUUCUGGGUUGACAAGGCUCAGCCGUCCAGCAACUCCAAAAAGCUGUGGCUUGUUGUGAGAGAUCUGGUAUCCAGCAGCCAUCGGCUGCAGGAGGGUGAUGUCAUCAAGCUGGGACGCUUCAAGUUCCGCGUUCGUCAGCUGGUGGCGACCUCCUACGGUGGCAUGCAGCCAGAGCUUAGGCAUGGACCCCGGACCACCCAGUCCCGAUGGGCCUCGACCUGGGCAGCCCCUCACACAGUCUUUGGGUCACGGCUUCGGGGGCCAAAGCAGCUCCCCGUUGGCUUGCGCUACUGGCCCAACUUCAUCACGAAAGGGGAGGAGGCGGAACUCCUGCAGGCGGUGGACGGUCCAGGGGCGGCGUGGCUGCGGAAGAUCCGCCGUGCGCAGCAGUUCUUCGGGCUGGUCUACUACCAGACUUCCCAGUCCGUGCCGGAGCUGCAGCCGACAGCACAGAGCUCCGCCAAGCAGCAGCGUGGUCGAGACCUCGAGGAGCUACCUCACUGGCUGAUGCCUCGUCUCAGGUCGUCCGGACUGUUUUCCGCGCCUGGUCAAGGCAUCAACCAAGUUCAGGCCAACGAGUACUUGGAGGAUAGCGGUAUCGGGGCCCAUGUCGAGGACCCCGCAGCCGGAGAAACGUUGGCAACGCUUUCCUUACUGCGGCCAGUGCAGCUCACCCUGCAGCGUGCAGAGGCGGGUCGACCUGUCCACCGCGACAAGCGAGAUCCGGAGGACUGCAUCAAGGUGCUCCUGGAGCCGAGAAGCCUCUUUGUACUCGAAGGGGAAAGCCGCCACGACUUCACCCAUGCGAUUCGCCAGUCGAGACGAGUGCCCCUGCGGGACGGCCGUGUUGUGAUUCGCGAUGACCACUUCCGGAGGGUCUCCUUGACUUUUCGAGGCAUCGUCGAAGAAAAGCGGAGCUCAACUCGCUCAGACAUGCCCGCUGGCUAUGAGACGUACGUUGUGCCGGCCGAGCUCGAUGAUUCUGGCGUCAUCUGCUGCGCAGUGGAGCCAGGGCCGGACGGCGAGGGCCCGCAAGUGAACAAGCUCCUGUGCCGCAUCUGCUUGCUGGAGGGCCCCGGUGAGGACGAUCCUCUCAUUGCCCCAUGCCAGUGCAAGGGCUCCAUCGAGUACGUGCACCUGGGAUGCCUCCGGCACUGGAUUCGGGGGCGCCUAAAUCUGUCAGACCGCCCCUUGGGCUCCUAUUUCUACAGGCCCUUGACCUGUGAGUUGUGCAAGUCAGUGUACCCAACGUACAUACACACCAACAGUGGCCAGGAUCGUUCGCCACUGGUUGAAGUGCCAUUCACGCAGCCGCCAUUCAUCGUCCUCGAGAACAUGGUGCGAGACUCCCAGCAGCACACGUCCCGAGGGCUUCAUGUCAUCUCGCUCGCGGAAAAGGAGCUCAAGCUUGGCCGCGGGCAUGAGAGUGACGUACGCAUUGCAGACGUCUCCAUUUCUCGCACUCAUGCGACAAUUCGAUUCAGCAAGGGCCAGUUCCUCCUACAAGAUAGCUCUUCCAAGUUCGGCACACUGGUCGCCAUGAAGAAGCCCCGGGUGCUAGAGCCAGGUGUUAACAUUUCCAUUCAGAUGGGCCGGACGGUUCUGACGUUGUGCGCGCAGCACGAUCCGAACCACUCCAACUCGGCAUCUUCUUUGAAUCAGCUGCCCAUGGGGGGCAGCGCCCAGGAUGAGCGAGCCCUGCGGCUGUCCCUGCUGACCCGCGGACAGAGCGAGGGUGGUCAGUCUGGAGGACAGACAGCCCAGAGUGAGGAGCUACCUGAAGAGUGA